AUGGCAGCACCCAUGUCGGACGACCAGGUGGCUUCGGAGCUCAAGAAGAUGACCGCCUUCAUCCGGCAAGAAGCGCUCGAGAAAGCACGCGAGAUCCAACUAAAAGCCGACGAGGAGUUCGCCAUCGAGAAGUCCAAGCUCGUGCGCCAAGAAACCUCCUCCAUCGACUCCUCCUACGAGAAGCGCUUCAAGCAGGCCUCCAUGUCGCAGCAGAUCACCCGGAGCACCGUCGCCAACAAGACCCGGCUAAGGGUGCUGAGCGCGCGGCAGGAGCUGCUGAAUGAGCUGUUUGAGAAGACGCGGGGAAGGCUGGGAGAGUUUACGGAGGGGGAGCAAUAUCAGCGGAUCUUGAAGGGGUUGAUACUGGAGGGGCUGUAUGCGUUAAGUGAGGGCAAGGUGGCGGUUAGGGGACGGGAGAAGGAUAAGGAGAUCUUGGGGAAGGCGAUAGAGGAUGCGAAGAGCGAGUGCAAGGAGAAGACGGGGAAGGAUGUGCAGAUUACGAUCGACGAGAAGAACCCGCAGCCGGAUGAAUCGGCUGGUGGCGUCUCGAUUGUCGGAGGCAACGGCAGGAUCGACAUCAACAACACGCUUGAGGAGCGACUAAAGCUGCUGGAGACGGAUGCACUGCCGUCAAUAAGGGCGACGCUGUUCGGUGAGAACCAGAACCGGAAGUUCCGCGAUUGA